UUUUAUAUGUAUGUAUAGGUGGGUGUGUGUUAGUGAGUGUUUGUCUUAGGCGUAUACUUUGCUGUGAGAGUGUGCGAGUGUAUGAGAUCAUCAUUAUAACAGCAGUUGCCGUCGCCUGCUGGUAUGCAAUACUUCUUCUAACGCUUUGCGCGCUCUUCCUUCUUCCUCCUUCCCACAGUUGCGGUCACAUUAAAAAAAAAAAAUCGAAUCUCGUUUGGUCUAUGACAAUACAAACGCACUUUCUUCGCAACGCAUUAAUCAGGUGCGUGUGCGUAUUGAGAGGAGAGAGAGAGAGUGAGUGAGGUAGAGAGAGGGAUAGAAAGAGUGAGCGGAACGCGUGUGUUUGUGUAUGUGUUAGUACGGUUGUUGCGUCUAAAAUUGAACAGAGAACAUAUUCAGAAAUAAAUCAGUAAACGCGCGUGUGUUUAUUUUGUAUUUUGAUAAUUUGGUUCGACAACAACAAAAGCAUUUCCCUAUGAUUGGCUCAUUCUGGAAUCUGUGCAGAGCGUGCCCAUCAAUGCCGGUAGACAAGCUCCACUCGGAGUACAGGAGCACUUAUCGUUGGCAUGAAUUUACGGGCAAUUCGAGGCCGGAGGUUGUGCGUCGGGCGCCAGCGCCAAAUCCAAGUCAAUUUGUUGGUCCAACAAAUGAGCCGCCAUUGCCACGUCGGAAAAAAUGCCCGGAAUUAGCAUAUAAAUCGCACGAGUUUAUUAUAGGAUCGGAAUAUACAGAUGCACGUCGAGAUGCCAGUGCGCAUCGUUCGGCGAGGUCGGAGGAACGAGGCACACCUUCGCGCCGUAGCAAAUCGGAAGGACCACCCGUUGUGCCCAAUGGACGAGCCUAUCCCGUUGCAACGGAGAUCGAUGGAGCUACAAGAAAACAGGCGGCUACUUUGCAUGAGCUGGAGCCUUUGGUUAGCGAUACGGAUGAUAGAAAAACACACGAGAAACAAGUACAUUUUGUGGAGCGCAAAAUUGCCACACGUCCGUUUUCGCAAACAAUCGAUCAGGAGCGUCUCAAUCACUUCAUUACGAAAAAGGAGAACUUUGGAUUUACCGCUACUGUCAAGGAUGAUUUCAGUCAUCAGGCAGCAUCAGCAACUGCUCCGGGUCAUGGUCCAGUGGUGGUCAUGAAUGGUACGGCACCGCCGCACUCGAAACCUAAUUUGGAUUUGUGGUUCAAGGAGAUGGUCGAGAUGCGCAAAAAGGCUGGUGAAUAUAAGUCUCGCGGCUGGGGCGUAGAAAUCGAUCCGGAAUUGUAUAAGAAACAAAGGGACUUAUGGGAUCAGGUUUCAAAGCGCAGCUCGCUCUCGGCACUGUCAUUGGCAUCUACAGUGCACAGACCCAUCACCAAGGAGGAGAAGGAGCAAGAGAAUAACAAAAAGUCGACGCCAUUUGAGAAGACGUCACAGACACAAAAGCCACGAGUUCCUGGCCAAGCCUAUUUGAUUGAUAAUAAGGAUGAGAUUUCAGCACUGCCAGCACGUUUUAAUAACAUACGCCAUCAUUUGGAGCGCACCACGGGUGCGGAUGUUGAGGAGGGCGCCCUGCUGCCAUCGCCAACGCGGGAGAAACUGAUGCCUGCAAUAACUAAACGUGAAUCCGAAUCUCAACGUGGCAGUCCCAAAAAGACAGCCCUAUCACGCCAUGGAUCGCCUCAAAAGGGCAGCCCCCAGAAGGGUAGCCCCAAGAAGGUUCUUAAAACACGCUCACAAUCUGUUGGUCCUGGCGUCGCUGAGAAUGAGUCACCCAAGCGUCAGAUACGCUCGGCGAGUCAAGCGCCCACAAGCCGUAAAAAGGCACCGACGGCGCCCUCUGCGACAUCGGCUGGAACUGAACGUAAGCCACGCCCAUCCACCCUAUCCACAACAUUCCAAUCCCGCAUUAAAAGUAGUUCCCUACCACCGCCUAACGGUAAAGUAGCCGCAGCGCCAACAGCAGCAGCAACAGCAACCGCAACAGCAACAGUCGCCCGUGCAGCAGCCAAAUCCAAUGCUAAUCAUGCUAAUCAAUCACAAGUAUCACAAUGCAAAAGCUACAACAACAAAAACAUCAACAAUAACAGCAACAAAAUUAAUAAAUCAUCAUCAUCAUCAGCGCAACCGCAACAACAGCAGCAGCAACAACAAAAACAGCAACAGCAGCAGCAGCAGCAAUCGAAGCAACAGCAUAUGCGUAAGAAAGAUAAAGAUAGAUCGAAUAUUAGUUGCAUUGGUAUUGGUAGUCAUGUUGGUGCUGGUAGCGGUAGUGGUAGUAGUGCAAAUAGUGCGAAGCAUCAACAAAACAAACAAAAACAACAACAGCUACAACAUCAAAAUCAGGAGCAUGUGCAGCAGCAGCAGCAGUCCCUACAACAAAUACAAGCUCUACAACUACAACAACAACAACCAUCAAAAUCAGACACGGCUACAACAUCAGCAUCGACAUCAGUUCCAUCAACAACAUCAUCCACGGCCCCGACCCGACCUGUCACCAUCAACAUCAAACGCCUUACGGUACCAGGUCAGGAUAGAAAAUUGGCUGAAAACGAGUCGGAAGAUGGCCGUGAGACUGCAAUUUCAAUUUCCAGCUGCAGUCCACAACCAGUGCCCGAGGUGCCCGAUGAGCCAUUGGUGAAAUCGCCACCGGAGCCCACAAGGGUUAAGUCGCCUGAGCAGAUUAUCAUGCGCUCUCCCGAUCCAGUCAACUGGACGGUGCCCUUGGACACUGGCAAGACAUUUACGGUCACACAGAAUGUCAAAGAGGGCGAAAACUACAGCCGACCUCAAAGCGAGAUAAAAGCGUCGACACCGGUGGAAAAACCACCACCGCCACCACAAUCGGCACCGCCACAACUAACCGAACAGGCUAAAAUGGACGCCUGGAAGUCCAGCAGCCCAACCACAAGUGCCGCUGCCUAUGGUAAAACAUUGACGCCAACACAACAACCAGGCGGCGCUGUGCGCUGCGAUGCCAACAAGCCGGAGCUGGCCAUGUCAUCAUCAUCAUCGACAGCGACUGCAUCCACGGCUCGAUCGACAGCCGCCGAUGUGCUGGAGAAGGCUCGUGACCGAUUCGAUCGCUUUUGGGGCGGCACCAGCAAUGCCACCAAAGAAGAGAGUGUCUAAACUUCUUAAUCAUGUUUCAAGUGCAAAAUGUAUUUGAAAAACAAAAAAAAAUAUUAAAAAAAAAAAAAACAAAACUAACAUACAAUUAUAAAUUCAAUUAACCAAUGAGCAAUACUCGUAAAUGGUGACACGUAAUGCCGUCUAAAGCAUUAUGGUACAUCCACAUACUCUAUACCCUCGUACACCACAAACCCCCUAACUAUGCUCCUCUUUGCCUAUGCUUAAAACUAAAGAAGGGCCAGUCUUAGGGCCUGAAAAGCCCAACAAAUCUAUUUGAAAGAUUACAAAUUAUUUUAUUUUCCAAAUUACCUUGGCUCAACAUACUAACUCCAUAUUAGUUGUUAUUAAACGAGUCGAAUUAUUAAUGCCAAACACUUCAAAGUUUUAUUUCUAGAACUACACGUGCAUCUAAAGUAACCUAUAACCAAGAAACCAUUACUAUUUUCGGUUGGCCGAAAAUUAAAUACCCUUUCUGAGAGUUUCAAAAGUAUGCGUUUAAGCUUUCUUGACAAAAUUAUAAUACCUUCUGCAAGGGUAUGGGAAAAACUAUGUAAAACACUUACUUUCACUGCCUAGUCCCAAGAAAUAACAAGAACUUUUACGAAAAUUACAUAAGAUGCUCCAAUAACCACAAACUUUUCAAUAUUUCCCAAUCAUUAAAAAUCAAUGCGACAUACAAAAUAAAAUGAAAAGAAUAUAACAAACGAAAGGACAACAUCACCGCAGAGACCCGUCCAAAAAAAAGAGAAUAACAUAAAAGUGUUUUAGGAAAAAACCUCAAAUUUUUGUAAUUUUCAUGAAAAGAAAAAUAAAGAGUAAACACAGGAAAUCCAAUGGCAAUACGCUAAGUAUAUUGGGUAAUGCAUAAGGUGAUUUAAACCUAAUACGCUGAUCCGGC